AUGUCCGAACAACGCAGUGAAAUCCCCAAUCUCCGAGAGGAAAAACAAAGCGUACCAGAAGUCAUAACGGUAACUCUUGAGAGAGGUGACCAUGUCGAAAACUUGGAAGAGGCACCGCAGACGCAAAGUGUAGUAACCCAAUCGGAAUUAGAAGCUACACCGGACGACAAAGCAGAGGAACAGGACUGUCUUGUUGAGGUCCCAGAGGACCAGUCUGAAGUCGAUGAGAGCAGCGAAACUUUGGACCCUUCCCAGGGCCAGACAGAGGCUCAGGUGGAUCUGCGUCAUCCGGAAGACGUGUUGGGGCAGACGGAAACCACAUUCUCCGCAGAUGUGGGUAACUCCACAGCCACAGUGAAGAUGCUCCUACCUGGGGGACACAUGAUGACUGUGGCUUUUGCCAUUGGCCUCACUGCUCAGGAACUGAAGAAUCACUUUGCAGACAAGCUGAAAAUACCACCGGACAUCAUACAGGUGUCACUUGAUGGCAACGCUGUUACGGACUCGGACACUCUCAUAAGUUUGGGCGUUCAGCCACAUGGCACCAUCCAGCUGGAGAUGUCCUCCAUAGAUCCUGAGAACCAUCCCAUCCGACCAGUCAAACUCCAGACAGAGUACAACAUGCCAGAUGUCAUCACCAUCAGGGUCCAGACAGAUGGGGAUACAUAUCAGGAUGUUGUGGUGGAGAUAGAGAGGGCCACACAGAAGAAGGCCUUUUUGGGAGGAUACCGUCAUAAGGUCACAGGGACUGAGUUUCACCACAGUGCUGUACAGACACUGCCUAAGAGGCCAGCUGACAAAGGGGUGGAAACCUUUCGUCGGGACACUCAGACAGUGGAGACUAAGAGCCAGGCCCAGCAGUGCACCAGCACCACAGCCACACAGAUGACCAGCAUUGGCUGCUACAUGUCUAACAUGGAAGACAAGCUGAUAUCUCCCGGGCAGUAUGUCACCGCAGAUGAAUGUCUCGCAAAGAAACUGAAGGCAGUGGUAGUGCUCCAGGUGUACGUCAGGCGCUGGCAGGCCAAGCGCAGGAUGAACGAGCUGAGGUGUGAGAAGGAGCGACGGCUGCAGUGGCUGGAAAAGGAGGAGGCGAGGAAGAAGAGGGAGAGGGAGGAGCAGAAACAGGCGGACUUGCAGAGGAGGAUGAACCCAGAGACAAAGGAGGACUUCUCUCUGCUCUACAGUGCCCUAGAGAAGUGGAGGAGGGAGGAGGCGGACCGCAUCAAUGCCACACUCUCGGGGGCGGAGCGCAAGUGUGCCCUGUACACCCUGCUGAACGAGGAGGCCCAGCACAUCGCCUCCAUCGGCCAGCAUCGCCUCGUGGCAGCAGAGAGAAGCCAGGAGAAGGCUGUUCAAACCCUCCUGGACAAGUGCGCUGCCCCUAAGAAAUGGCGAGCGAGUGACGGGAAGAUGAUCGAGAUGGACACAGUGAGCACCAUCAGAGCCAAGGACCUGCGAGACCUCUAUGCCAGCGUCAACAUGCAGGGUCAGAGCCAGGACGAGAGGCAGGGCGUGCUUCUGGCCCUCAAAACCACUGUCAAGGAGCACGACUGCAAGCUGACGCGAGAGAUCUUGGAGCUGAUCGACAGGGAGACGGACCUUUUGGCUCGAGGAGUCAAGAAAACCAAUCUGGAGGGGUUGAGGAAGAGGCUCUCCACCCUCUUCCUCCAGUACAUCAAAACCCCCGCCUUCAACCCAGAGGUGUCCAGCCUGCUGAAGGUUCCCCCGGACUCCACCCAGCAGAGGAAGAAAGUCUACCGCUGCAAGAGCUGCAACAAGUACCUGCCGUGCACCGGCUUCUCCCUGUCGGUCAGCUCCAGCCAGGUGGCCCGCUGCCGUCAGUGCCUACAGCUGGACAACGAGGCGCGCCGCCGCGAGGACCUCUCCCUCUACAGGAAGAUCCUCCAGCACCUUCGCUACACAGAGGCAGAGCGCCACCCGGAGGCCAAGAUCACUUACCUCCUACAGGAGCAGGACCUGCGGUACCUGGUUGACAUCGUGUGGGGGGCACAGUCGGCCCUCAGCGCGUGGGACGACCUGCAGGACCUGGAGAUGGUGCGCUGGGACAGGCUGCAGGAGUGGAGCCCCUGGAACUGCAUCCUGCUCACCAGGGAUGAGGCCAAAGCCCACCUCAAGGUGGAAAAUAUCCAUCAGGCGUACGGAUCGACAUUCGUCCGGAGGCUCCAGCACAAACACAUGCUGGCGCAGAGUUACUUCUCACAGAUCCCUGACAUGGCAGCCCUCUUCAGUGACAUGGACUCCGAGCCUGCCGCCCACUCCAGUCUCCUAAUGGCCGAGCAUGACGCCACGGCGACAGAGACAGAGCCCCAGACCACACCCGUUCAGGAGUGAGUCCAGCAGAUAGGUUGCACAGUGUA